GGUUUUUCAAUGAAAGGGCAGGUAUAAAAGACAAAGCGGCAUUUGCGAGAUCCAUACCCUUGUGAAGGAAUACCUGGAUAUUCAACAUUCAAACAGAUUCACACAUUUUGAAUGAAAAUGAAAGUGGUCAUCUUUCUAUGCUUGGUCUCAGCGGCUCAUUGUUUUAUCUUCCAGGGUGGUGAAUCGCAGAGGAAAACUGUCCUACAGACGGAAGAUGAAGUGGAUGUGGUAAUCAGUGACAAAAACGGAUAUCCUGUGUCCGAGAAUGCCAUCUUUGAGCAAGAUGGAUAUGAGGUGGUCAAGCCGAACAAUCGCAAUGUCUGUCUGAUAAAACAGAUCAGUGAUUCGAAUGCUUGUUUCGAUGAACAACCGUUGACCUUUGAGCCUUCCUCCACAAUACAGACCCGUUGCGAUGAGAGACCAAUCAUCGUCCUGAAAGCUACUGAGUGUGACGAUGGCUCAGACGACGACCAAGACGAAGGGCUACAGAAGGGCAAACGAAGCAUUUCAAAAUCCAAAUGUUCAAAGAUUGUAGUCUCCGGUUGCACUUGGAAGUACUGCGUUCGGCGAAACAUUUGGGGAAAGUGCAAGGAGGAACGCUGCAGUCGCUGGGUCGACAAAAUAAUCAACUCGUGCGAUUAGUUUUAAACGUCAAAGUUACCAGAGCAUGAAUUGAGGUCUUAGUUUGUUUGGUAUCAUUAGCUAUAUACGUGCGUACACUUAAUUGCAAAAAGGUCGUUUCAAUUUGUGUCAUACUUUUAAUACUUUUUCGAUUUUUUAUUCUUUAACUGAAUAUCAUUAUGGCCAUAACACUACUUAGGCGUUCUAAAAUGAUGUGUUCCAAUUAACCAGGCUGACCCUAGUACUUACGAUCCAUUAUAUGUCUUUGUUAUAUCCGGUUGUCCCUUUUCAGUUCUUUUUAUCUUUUGUUGCUAUACUCCACAAAACUCAUAAAGAAAACUGUUUUGUAGUGUUGAAAACAAUAUUUUAAGCCAAAUAGACGGAAGGUUCGUACAACGACCCGCAGCAUUUUUUGUGACUGAAAAUGUCCAGGAUAACUUAAUUUUUUUACCGGUCUCUUUUACAGAGACUUGUUGUAGUCAAAAUAUGUUUAUUUCAGUUUUGAGGAUUAAGGCAAUUGUAUGAGUGUUUUUCCUGUGAGUACAUGUAUGCAGAUUGAUAACUUUGUUUCAAAUAUGGUCGAAAGUACGGAAAAGUAUUUUAAAUAAAUUGGGAGUGACUGUUACCCUGGAGAUCGUAUUUUGUUGGUAUAUAUGACUUACAUCAUAUUUUAAAAUUAUUAAACAAUUCCAUUGUUAACGCUAAUCAGCUACUCUUUUGAAAUGUCGGUACUGAGACCAAUAUCAAAUAACGUUUCUGACAAAAAAGUGCCGCAUUUGUUUGAGAUGUACUUCUAUACGUUGUGUGAAUAAAUGAA